CCACAGCACCAGGUAGGUAUGAGUGUGUAGCGCUAUACAAAGAGGUGUGUAAAUUUACUCAUGUGUAGUUGAGUACCUUUACCUAACUUGUUCUUCGUGUUCUUUGUGCAGUGUAAAAUCUUUGAUCAUGUAGAAUAAGAGUGCCAAAGUGUGAUAGUUUUCAUCGCAGCAAAUGCGAAUUAAAAGUAUUAUUUAACAAAAGGAAUUUGUUUGCAUUUAAAGUGAAAGGAAGGGCCUACAAUGAAAUUAGCAACCAGAAUUAAAUGUCUCGUGUACUUUCUUUAUAGUUACGCAAUUUUUUUAGCGGUUUGUGGCGUUGUUCUUGUUAUCUUUGGCGGAUACAUCCUAUACAACCAUUUAGGAUAUGGGCUACUUGUUGAAGGAGGUGCCUGGGGUCCUAGUGCGGCAACACUAUGUCUCGGUCUUGUAACAAUCUGCAUAACAUGGAUGGGAUGGAAUGCUAUUGCAAAGAGAAAUCAAUGUCGUCUCUAUUUAUUUGGCAUGUCCCUUUUGGGAAUCAUACUCAUAAGUGUCUUCCUGUGCAUAUGGUCUCUGACAAUAAGGAAAGACAUACAGGGAUCAGCUAUUUAUCCAGUUGAAAGCUCAUUUAGUGAAUUCAUUGCUGAUGACACGAGUACAGCCAUCAACGAUCACACCCACCUGUGGAAUCGUUUGCAGUCCGAAAUGCAAUGCUGCGGUGUUCACGGCAUCACGGAUUACAUUCGCAUAUCCAUACCGUGGUCUUGCUGUAGACGCCCAGAAAAUCCUUCAGAUCCACGUUGUGUAUCAUCGUACCAACGUGGAUGUUUAUUUGCUCUCAUUGAAGAAACAAAGCAGCGUCUCAUCUACAUCUCGGUGGCUGCUCUCAUUUUUGCCCUUGUGCAGGUCAUGGGAAUAUUCAUGGUUGUUCAUUUGGUUGUUCUUCUGAAAGAACAAGAACGUGGUGAUGUGGAGAGUCGUGGUAAUUCUAGAAAUACAGAACUCUUGCCAUUUAACGUACAAACAGCAGAUACAGGAACGAGAAACCCAUCAGCACCCCCAGUUAAUACAAAGAGCAAUCAAGCCAGCCUCCAUGAGAGUCUACAUGCUGAUCUUAAGAAAGCUCAAGCUCAAAGAUUAUCCAAUGGAUGAUUUUAUUUUAUUUUCCCAAGUGAAAACUCAUUUAUUUUUAUUUUAUUGCAAUGCAUUUUACAAAAUCGAAUUAAUUUUGUGCAAGUAAAUUUAUUUAAAGAAAAAUCAUACAGAAAAUGCCGAAGGUAUCAAAAAAACAAUUAUUUCUUGUAUAUAUCCGUAAACUUAUUUUAUAUUACAAAUCAAGACUUUUUUUUAUAGAAAAUAAAUUGAUGGCAAUCAAAA